GUAAAUUUUCAAAAAAUUGUUUUGUUGAAGAAGCGGUUUAUAAAUAUCAAUCUUACAAUCGAUUUUGACAUGAAAUAUCAUCACUUGCCGUUUAAUAAUCCAAGCUGAAAUGCUGUAGAAAAGGUGAGGAUUGUAAAACAUGUUUGAAAACCAGUAUUGUUGUAAAAUCGACGUCAAGAUUGUCACUUCAAAUUUUUCAUUCCAGACGUUUAUUCAAAAUCUUUGAGCUCUCGAACAUGGACGUCGCAACAAAGACACCCAAGGAAUGGCUGCAAUUUAUCACAAAUGAACGACAAACAUACAGUGGACCAAAUAAAUACAAAUAUUGGAUGCAGCUGUACAGACGGGCGGCAGAUUCCAUUCCGGCUAACGAAUUUGCUCACAAUAAUAACGCAUACGCUAAAAUAAUGGUGGAUUUUGCGAAGCUACAGGCGUAAGUUUACCGUAUAUCAUUUUAUAUUUAUUUUCUUUGAGAAUCUAGAAUGCAAACAGAAGGGGUGUUAAAGUAAAAUAUUCCUUUUUAAACGGUAUUUUUUUAGGAAUACAAAAUUUUAUCUAAAUUAGCCUGUGCCUUUAAUACAUUUUAUAACCUGAGUCUGAGAUCAGGCUCUAUUUUACAAAUAUAAUCUGACACAAACCUUUAUAAUCCAAUAGCUUUCUACCACAGCAAAGUUUAUAUUUAGUAUCCAAUCAAAAUGUUGCAAGAGAAAUUUAAAUUUCAAACAACGACAACAACAAUCUAAUUAUAGUUGUGAUCACUAUAAAAUAUAUCAUCAACAAUAGUAUAAUCUAAUACACCCUUCCGGGAAGUACGUCACUUUGGCUAUAGAGCCUCAUUUUCAUGUGUCUGACAUCAGUUAAAGGCCACGUCUCAAUCACGGAAGCGUGUAUUAGCACCAACCAAUCAAAUGACAGAUUAAAAAAUCUUUUGUCUCACAGACUGAUUAGAUUUACAACUGAUUAAUACUGUUGUAUUGUUGGUUUGUAUCACUAAUCAGGCCUAUUUAUUAAUUGGCCUGAUCGCAGGUUACCUUACAUGUAGCUUGGACGUUUUCAGACCUGCCAACCCUUGAGUAGCAGAAAUAGUGAGUUGCUAUCUAAAAAGUUGUGAGAUUGACUUAAAAAUCGUGAGAUUAAUAAUCGUGAGAAAAAUCGUUGAGAGAAAUUUUCAGGUUUGCUCAUUAAUAUCACAUAUGACCAGGGUUAAGUUUAACAACACUGGAAAAUAAUGAAUAGAUAUUCAAUCUUAGGAUAGUAUGCAUUUAUAUUUUGUUCAUAUAACUGUAAUGCAAGGCUUAUUAAAAAUAGACUGUUUUUUAUUUAUGGCUUCAGGCGUAAAAAAAGUACCUGUGGUUCCGGUUUCAUAUCGCGAAAAAAUUAGGGUUGGGAGGUCGGAAAUAAUUUUUUUUUUAAAUAUUUUUUUCAUGGUUUUUUCAAUAAUUAGUGUGACAACAGACGCCAUUUUGGCAGCAGCCCGCAACCACCCAGAGAAAAUAGGGUUGCACAGUCAAUCGUAUUGAGAAAAUAAUAGGGUCGGCAGAAAAAAUAGGGUUGGUCAGGAACCGGAACCACAGGUAUUUUUUUACGCCUCAGUGGCUUCCAGUAUGUGUCAAGUUUCACAAAAUAAUAGCAUUAGAUAUUUCUUUUUUCCACGGGUGUUUGGCAUCACUUGUGGUAUUAGCAGAGAUUUUGCCGAAAAUCGUGAGAUUUGGGGACUUAAUCGUGAGAUCGUGACAAAGCAUAAAAAAUUGUGAGACUUGGCAGGUCUGCGUUUUGAAAUAUGGGGGGGGGAUGAAGCAUUGUUUCUCUGUGUGUUUACAUGAGAAACAAUGCUUCAUCCCCCCCCAUAUUUAUUAUCAAUGGUGCCCAAAAUUAUGGGUCAUGCCCCUCAACAGAUAUAGGUGUGGUUUAUCACAGACAGUUGCAUGACAUAAGAGACAUGUACUAUUUAGUCUAGCUACCUGAAAAAUAUAAACAGUUGUUUGCUGUUUUGAGUGAAGGUCAUUGCCUAUGAACAGAGUGCUUCUAGAUAUAAGUUCCCUCAGGGACUUUCCUAAAGAAGUACCUUUGCUGAGUUUGCUCAAAACAUUGAAGUUCUACACAUCAUUUGGUUUUGUAGUCUGUGGUGUAAAAUUUCCCAAUCCUUAAAUUUGCUGUACUAUUUGCCAGUAGAAUUUGCUAAUCUUUAAUUAAGCUGUUACCUUACUUAGCCUGUAAAAGCUGGUGUUUGAGAUGGCCGCAAAUUUGUGUGUAUAUUUUAAAGCUAAAUGAUAUGAAAUAUAGAAUAUAUGCGGGUCAAAAUCUACUAGCAAGUUUUAAUAGGUGAAUGCUCUCUCAAAAAGUUUGAAAUUGUUUAAACUCCUAAGAGCUUGGAAAUGUGUACUAUUUGCUUGCAUUUUUGCUUCUAAAUCCUAUAGGCCACCAGCCUAAAUUCACAACAUGAUGUAGUCUAUUUACUGUUUGUAUCUUUUCAAAUUGUGAUUUUUUAGGUAUUUUUGCAUGUAUAAUAAAUACCAUUUGAUAUGAUUUGAUUAAUAAAUACCAUGAUACCAUUUUUUCUGUGUUGGUGUUGUGUACUCAGGUGAAUAUGAUAUUUGUGAUGUUACUCUGAGUGUAUAUAUAAUCCACACCGGGCAAGCUUGAAAAAUAUGCCCGGCCACGGUGGGAAUCGAACCUACGACCUUUGGAAUACUAGACCAUGAUACCAUUUGAUGCUUACUAGUUUAGCACUUCUAUAAUUAUGAAAUUCAUGCAGACUCACUGUUGGUGGGGCGUUUGUAAAUUUCCAAAAAUAAUUUAAAAAUUAAUUUUGUGCAAUAUAUCAAAUGUCAUAGAAUAUUUUUGGUUCUGUGUGGUAUCGUUGCAGUCAAUUGUUAAACUGCAUAUGAUGUCAGUAAAAUGUUAUGAUAUAAUUGAUACCAAAUUCCUUUUCAAAAAAAUUACUGACCUUAGAUUACAGUUUACUGAGUGUUCUGUCAAUUGACUAAUUUACCGACUGGUUCAUUGAAAAGUGUCUGGCUGGCUUAACAACACCCACACCCUGCAUUCAAGGGAAUUAUGCAUGCAAGCGACCAUUAAAAAUUGGUUGUAUCAUUUGGCUGAGGUGCAUCACCAGUAAGGAUCAGUUUGUAUGAAGGCUGGAUAGUGGGCCGAGUGCUUGAAACCACAAUAGAAAAACAUGGAUGUGGAUAUGAUAUUAAUAAAAGGAAACUGGAAUUUUUAUAUACUAUAUUUAGUUUAAGUUAUAAACCGAGAACAUGGGAUAUAAGUUAUAUUGUUUGGGUAACCUAUAUAUAUAUAGUUAGUUAGAAAAUUUUUAACAUUACAUGUCCCAAACUAGCCUGGUUAACAGGGCUGAAGUCCUAAACUCUAAGCUAUAUUUACAGAUUGUUUACAUGAUGCAUUUAGGGCUUCCUCGCAGGGGUGGAAAAAAUAAUUUUCUUCCUGCGAGCAUAGUAAGAAGAUUAUAAAUUUCCUGCAGACUGCAGUGUGUAGAUUAUGACCAUGUCAAAUAUAUAUAGCGCUAUAAAUUGUAGCUACCUGUAUAAUGCACACAUGAUUGGUGAUUAUGGUUUUAACUAAGGAAUGAUCAUUCUUUGCACUUUUUGCAGUUGGCACAUACAUAUCUAACAACAAGUGGCGCAUACAAGUCGGCAACAGUUGUUUUAUUUUGUGGGCAGGCUCACAGCAAACGCAUGUUAUCACUUAUCAUUUAUCCAGAAAAAGUUACAAAAUUAUUGAAAUAAACUAAAAAGAGUAAUAUUUUUGUGGUGUAUAUAGAAUCUAUUUACAAAGUCGAAGUGAACUACUGUAAUAACUCACAUAAUACUGAGUAGGCUAGCUUAAAUCAUGCAAUUGCAUCAACAGUUCGACUGCUUAAUGCUUGUACGUUUAACCAAAUAGAAACUUUACAUAGCACAGUGACGUAGAUAUUUGCUUAACAUGCACCCUAUUGUGUAACGAAGGGCAAUCUCGAUUCUUGUGAGAUGAUUCUGUUUAUAACUUUGCUGUUAUAAAGUUUGCUCUGCUCUCCUUUUCGUGUUGCAAAAUGCCAUUUUCCAUGCCUGAAAUACUUUGACAAGGCUGAAGAUAAGAUGCGAUCAGCACCACCAAGCUCUGGGCCGUUGCAGGCAAUCCACAGCUCAUUGUUCACAGCUUCCUCGGACAUACUUCUUAGUUUACUGUUGUGCGUAUUGUAGCGCGAAAUAACUGAUUCAGCAAUAGACUCAACAGUCAUUUUGAUUGCUGCAACAACUAUUGCUUCAACUACCAUCUCACAACCGACAUAUAGUUCACCGCCACUGGUCAGGAAUUUUUUUAUUAAAUCCUUGCUAUCCAUCUUUUGCAACUCUGGUAUUGCUAUUGCUUCUGUUUUUGAUGCUAGUCUUCGUACGAAAAUCUUGUAUUGUCGGACUCUUGGUUAUUCACAACGCGGACGUUUCGCGAGAUUUUCUUGGCGAUUCGAACAAACUUGUCGGCAUUAAGAACACCUAAUAAAAUAUGUCCUUUCUCUCGAAUCUGCAUGGCUAAGGAUUUCAGAUCAGUCAAAAAUCUUGUACUUUCAACCAUUUCCAAGGCAUCUUCGCUAUAAACGUCUUCCCUGAAACCUUUCACAAGUUGGGUUGUCAAGUCAGCGAGUUUCCUUUCCGCGGCAAUGACGGGGCUUGUGGUGGCAUUAUUUGCUUCUUGUUGCCGGGCUCUCCUCGUGUUAUGAACAUGCUGUUCUUCGUGAUCCUCUAUAAUCUGAGUGCCAACAAACUGGCCGUUAAGAAUGCCUGGUUUGUUCUUGUGAUAAUGUGGCCAGAAGCAUUUGUCCUUCCCGCAGUUGUUGUGAUCAGAAAAGGCACUUGACCAUUUUCUUCAUUUUCUCCAUGUGACCUGUAAACUUGUCAAAUCGCUGAAAUGGUAGUAGGUUCACUUUUUGAACUUCUGAGACCAAGACCCCAUACUGUUCAUAGAUAUCCGCCAAUCCAGAAAGAAGCAGACAAAAACACUUGUUCUGGAUUUUCACUUGAUACUGCUCCGCUUGCUGGGCCUUCUCUCUUUCGCUCGUAUCACCGUCAUGCAUCUCAAAUUUCGUAUUCUCCAGGCAGGCAAUGAUGGCUGAUAGAUCAUCUAAAAAGUUUCCAUAGACCUUCCGUACAGAAUUAGCAAACCUCGUUUCACAAAAGAACUGUGGAUUCUGUAUAGCUAAUUUCAAACGAUCACAUGCUUCAACUAACUCCUCGUAGCCUUUCCCCCAGUUCAACAAUUUGAAAAUAGAGGAAACAGUGUUGGUGGUGUUGGAAAGCCACUGGAACUGUCAACAAGGCCAUAGCAAUGAAGAACGUCCCAGUCAUAGUACGUAUCUGAAUAGUCAAUCUCAUAAUGUGCGUUGAUAUAUUCUGGAACGCCAAUAUGAAAAUACUGACCAUCAAAUCCACCACCUUCAAACCGUCCAGCAACAAUAUAGUUUUGAAGAACAUUUGUUAUUGAUGCAGCAACGUCCUUCCCAGUGUGUUUCUUUACAAUUGGAUGGUCAAGAUAGAUGUACUGUAUCAACUCUGCGGCAUCAGGUACAAUCGUAACCAAAAGAACUACCUGUCUUGUACGAUGCUUCUUUGUAUCCUUGCCAGCAAUAACUUUAACAGGAGGAAGAAAACCAGUCUGUACAAGAGGUGUACAUAAGAAUUUUUUAACACGUGCCUUCGUCUCAUCUGCGAUGAAUGGCAAAAUUUGAGCAGGGAACUUACGUUGAUGUUACCCAUAUCACAGCCAUUGUGACUUUCUAAAGUAACAAGCUGUUCGUACUCACUGUACGGCUUAGCAGUCUUAUAAAGUAAAUAGCUUGUACGGGCACAUCUCAUGCCAACUUUCCUGUCUCUUGAUUCAAACUCUUGUAUUUCCAGUCUCAACAUCUGUAAUCUCUUUUUGUCUCUCGAGGUGGGUUGGAGUUUGAAGGUGGUCAAACAAAUGAGUUUUCAAAUUCCGAAACUGUCUUGACAUUUUUUCAUCGCUCUCAAAUGCUUUUUGCGAAUCGUUACUACAUAAAUACGCCGGUUCUUCCGAGAAAAUUUACUUCUCUUGGUUCAUUGGGUGGAUUACAUAUGGAACAUAUAACAACUCCUUCGAUGUCGUCAUACUCAAACUCUGGAAGCUGAAUUAAAUAAAAAAGCGAUCUAAAAGUAAAAGUAAAAAUAAAGUUUAAACUUGAGAAAACAUUGGAAAGUAUAUAUCUACUGUAAAAUAAUUCACAUAACUGAUAUAAGUCCGUACGUAUACAAUUAAUGCAUGGGCACAGGAAACAACUUCAAGUUAGAGAGUUCCCCAUUGACAUUGUUUAAACUUUAGCGCGGAACUUUGAAUUAGAAACGUUGGGGAGUGGAUGUACCUCCAAUAGUCCUAUGCCCCGGUUCCUAUAGCUAUGUCACUGCUUAUUUGAUUUAGGGAAAAUCUCACCUUGCUGACUUUCUUUCUGUAACUGUAGGAAGCUCAGACUCCACAGCCACCGUUUCCGGUAAGGGUGUGAUGGACAAGCAGGACAUGCGAUUUUCUAAGUUCUUUACAGUUGUCAGUAUUUCGUCAAGCUUAGAUGCAACUGCGAAAUUGUCCUCUCCGGAGGCGCUGAGCGUUACUUUCGCGGUACUUUCGUCGGCUGUAUUUUCAAAACCAGGCGGUGUUGAACCAGAUGAUAUUGACAUUGACAAGUCGGCCGUUUUAGCAGUUUUGAACAGAGGCUCUUCGUCUACAUCACCGUGGCCACGUUUCCGUUUGACAUUGUUAUCUUUGACUUUAUUCCCAAAUAGUUCUAUAAGCGACUUCUGUCCAAGUACUCUUACUUCUGUAGAGUUAUGGGCAUUUUUCAUGUGGUCUUUUAAAUUUUGAAAUAGCAUCUCUUUUCGACAUAUGUGACAUCUUUCACGUUUGCUUUUACUCCGAAACAGUUUUUUAGAUUGGUUCGUAACAUUUUCUAUGCGUCUAUCUGUGCUUUCCAACCGUAACACCUGUUGUUGAUCACCCUAUUCGCAAGCUUGCAACUCAUUUGAGUCAUUUCCACGACAAUCUUCAGUUAUUUCACCGUCUGAACUUACUUGCUUGCUUCACUGUCUUCGAUACAAUCAGUGAUAUGACUGAUAUUCUCCAUGUUGUUUUUAGAACUUUCACGCAAGUCAACGCAAGUUUUUAAAGUUUGUUUACUGCAUCUAGACAAUAAUGUCUCAUUGUCUAGAUUAUAGCGCUUGACAGGUUCUAUUUUUAGUAGUUCCACAAUUAGAACUAGACGUCCAGACCAGUGAUUGGGGAAGCCAAUUAGAGUCAAAAUACAAAAACCUUCCCACUUCCGCUUCUGUAAAUUGUUUUAUAUUUCUGUAAUUUGUUCUAUUUUUCUGUAGCGAUUACUGCUUUAUCGGCAAAUAUCCCUUUCUUUCCUUUAUAUACGUCAAUUUGUAGCAAAGGAUACACCUUUCGUUAGAUUCUUUGCAUAAUCUAAAUUUCGCAACCUUUAUGCAAAGAAUCUAACGAAAGGUGUAUCCAUUGCUACAAAUUGACGUAUCACGUAUAUAAACGAAGGAAAGCGAAAUUCUACCGGACCCUAUCGCGAUAUUUGCCGAUAAAGUGGUAAUCGCGACAGAAAAAUAGAACAAAUUACAGAAAUACAAAACAAAGUUACAGAAGUGGAAGUGGGAAGGUUUUUGUAUUUUGACUGCAAAACGUAAAAACUCUUCAAGUGCUCCAGACAAACGUUGAAGUUUCGCAUGAACAUUAAACAUCUUUUGCAACAUUGUUGAGGCGAGAGAUACAAGAUACGAGAUCCGUAGGCGUAGCUGAAAAAUUAAAGCUAUCAGCCAAAAAUCUGUUAAAGCUAUCUGCCAGCGAAUUUCUAAAGGCAAAUCAAGCUCCUAAUGAGACGCGUGUGAUGGGUCUUUCUUCAAAAAUUCAAAUUACAAAUCUUACAACACGUAGCCCGAGUAAAAAUUUCCUGCGACUGGUGAAAACUUUCCUGCGAGCGCCGCUCGCGUGCUCGCCUAUUUUUUCCACCCCUGCUUCCUCGUACAGUGGUGGUCCAGCGAGGUUUUUAGGGGGGGGGGUCAGUGUGACCAGAUUUGGUAAUUUAAAUUACUUUUGGUAAUAUUUCGCGAUUUUUCUGACUUUUUUGGUAAUUGAAAAUUUUUGGUAAUUUUUUUAGUAAUUUCUCUUAAAGUUAGUAAUAUUUUGGUUAUCUCAUGAAAUUCAACCAAAUACACCAUAAUGACACAACCUGUUAUUCAAAAAUUCAAUGAGAACAGUUGCAUGUCCAUGCUUGCAAAGCUGUACAUCCAAAUUGCAAGCUUCUGGCCCAAGCUGUCCAGCUGAAUCGAGGGAAUCCUGCUGAUCACCACUCACCCUAUGCUGAUUGUGGGCUAGGGACCUGGGCCCCGGGCCCAAUCAUUGCAGCGUCAUAUUUGCAUUUUGCACAAUUGCAACCAAAAAGUACAAGUGAGAAAGAAAAACAUGGAAAAAACAUAGUUUCAGUGAUGGAAAGAGUUUUACUGAUUUUGUUUUUGCUGAGAUGUUUUAUUGAUUUUCAGAACACUUAGCUUUGGUUGCAGCAGAAAUUUAGUAAUUUUUUCUACGUUUUGGUAAUUUUUUGCAUGCUUAUUUAGUAAUUGCCUUGCAAAAUAUCUGGUCACACUGGGGGGGGGGGGUGUUCCGGGCGAGCAGCCAAACACAUCGAACCCAGCCCUGUCCAGUCUUGGUUACAAAUUAUAGAUAUGUCGAAUAAAUAUUAUUUAAUUAAUAAUUACAUAAAAUGUAAAUCCCAGAUUCUCUUGAUACUGUGAUUCAAGAGAAAAUGGAAUUUUUUCCACAUCCGAUAUUUGAUUGCUUUUCUAAUUUUUAUUUUCAUUAUCAACUUGUAGUACUUAUAAUGUUAGAUGUUUCCAGCAAAAUGAUCAAAGUAUCAAACUAGAUUAAUUAUUAAUAUUGGACUUAUUAAGUGUUUUGAACUACUGUAGUGAGCACUGUGCCUUUAAGAUAUACUGACAGUGUAUAUAAACGUUUAAGAUACAAAUUUAAUUUUUAUGCAACCCCCCCCCCCCCUUGCAUCUCUGUCCCUUGCAUCUCUGUUGCCCUUGUCACGCUUGUGCACCCUCCUGUGGAUCCACCACUGACCUCUUAUAUAGAUUGGUGUUGGCUGCUGUAAUUAAUUUGGGAUUGAUUCAAACAAGUUUCUUUUAUUCUAACUUGUACUUUUUUAAAAUACAAUUGCUUCACAGUCUGAAACGUGGUGAUGACGAUGGCACCAUGCAUAUGGGGAAAAGAUGGCGCCAAUAGUGCACCUCUCAUAUCUUCGAAACGAGUUUGGUGACCUCAACUUUUUUCUGGUUUCACUAUGAACAUAUCAUACACUUCACAGUUCACCCCCUGGAAUUAAAUUUCAGCAAAUUCUCGUUUCCAGAACAGUUGCUGAACCUCAAUUAUUUUUAUCAUUUCAUUCCGUUAAGAACUUCUGAAAUUAUAUAAUAACUUAUUUUGAAGAUUUUCGUCUGCUCACUUUGUUUCUGCUUAAGCCUUGGGCAAACUAGGAAACAUUGUUGCGGAAACAUUGUGAUCCCCCAUGUUUCCUCAAGUGUUUCUGUGUUUGCCCACCCGUGUAAACAUCGUUGCAGAAACACAAUUUGCUUCCCGAGAAGCAGAAAUGUUUCCUCUCAGAUUGAAAACCAUUUCAUGUUUCCCAAUUGCGAUUUUUGUUGCGGAAACAUUGUUUCCGCAACGAAACAUUGGCAGGAAACAAUGUUUCCGCAGUUUGCCCAGGACUUUACUUUCAUUGCUCCCCGCGCCCUACUUAAUUAUUUUGCUCUGUCUAAUGCCAGGAGCUCAAUGGCUAAUAGUAAUACAUAUGGCGCUCAAUAAUAAGUCCUUAGCUGCAGUGCUGCAAAAGUUAGUUAUUUUUGGAACUAGUUACAGCUACAGUGCUUGUAAAAGGAACUAGUUACCGGUAAAAGUUACACUUUAUAAAUUGUGGUAAGUUAUCAGUCUUAGAUUAAUUUAACGCAGCAGUAUUAAUUUAGUUUGAUACUUUGAUUGAAUAAAGCAAAUUCUUAAUUUUGCUGGCAUUACAAGUACUGUAUUUGAUAAUAUAUAGCAUUACAAGUACUGUAUUUGAUAAUGAAAAUAAAUAGAGAUUACUUCAUGGUUGAUGAGCGUGUACGAUUUUUAUGCACGAGUUGCGAAAAAUUCCUAUAAACGAACGAGUGAGCGCAGCGAACGAGUGAGUUUAUAGGAAUUUUUCGCAACGAGUGCAUAAUAAAAAUCGUACAAGCGAAUCAACCAUGAAGUAAUUUGUUUAUUACCUCCGCCAGGAGGUUAUGUAAUCAUCUGGGUUUGUGUGUGUGUGUGUGUGUGUAUGUCUGUGAGCACGAUAACUCAAGAAAUACCAAACAUAUCCGUACGAAAUUUUUUGAAUGCAUUUCCCAUCGGCUAGGGAAGAACUGAUUAAAAUUUGGUUGAAUUUGGUUAAAAAUUGAACGAGAAAUGAACAAAAUUUUGUCUUGCUUUUCCCGGUCAAUUAACAAAAAAUAUUACUGAAUGCGUAAUUAAGACGUGUAUAAUUUAUGCACUCAGUGCUAAGACAAUAAUGAGAUGAGAAACCUCAUUAAGCUUCGGCCUUCAUUAUCUAUUGUCUUAGUUGCAUUUCACGCGACCGAAAUUCAAUGUCUAAGGGCCUGUUCAUAUGAUCCCGCUUACCGGGACGUCCCGCUUACCGAUGAUCUCGCCGCCUAUCUAUUUUCCUAUAAAAUUUUGCAUUGUGUUCAUAUGAGAAAGCGAGCUGGCCCGCUUGCCGAGAUCUCGUUUGAAUUUGCCGAGAUCAUAGGUAGGCGGGAUGAAAAUUUUUCCAUAUGAACACGCCAGCCCGCUUACCGGGAUGAAGUCAAACAAGCCUUGCCGGUUUAAUUUAACACUUUUUACUUGGUUUUAUGUUUGUUUUGUAAACAAGUAUUAAAUAUGCACCUGAAGCAAUACUUUUUCUUGUAAAUAAACGAAGAAAAACACUAAAAUCGCUAAGUAUUUGUGUUGCUUGACUGAAAUGUAGAAGUUUUGCAUACGCUAAUUAUAGAACUACAAUGUAAUUUCAUCUCGGCAAGCGGGACGAAAUACUCCAUAUGAACGCACGGAAAUAUUUGUCUCGGUAAGCGAGACGUCCCGGUAAGCGGGAUCAUAUGAACAGGCUUACGGAGUUACGAUUAUUACGUUCAGCAAAGUGCCAGUCCAUUCAAAUUCUAACAACAUUAGAUUACUUCAAUACAGGGUGUAUAAAAAGAACGCAACCUCGGAAUUUCCCAAGAAAUCGACAUUGUUUUAAAGACAAAAGAUUUUAGCUGCCUGGGAAUUUAAAAUAGCACAACUGUGAAAAUUACUGCGCGCGCGAGUGCAUAAAGCAAAAUUUAUGCAUUUAUUUAAUGACACUUAAUAAGUUUUUAUUUUACAAGUACUGUACAGUACAACAACAGUAAUAUGUUCUAUUAGCAAUUCGAUUUCAAUUCGCGGGGGCCUGAAAUCUUUUAUGCUUAAGAAUUGUAAAGUGGAUUUCUUAGGAAAUUCCAAGGUUGCCUUUCACUUCCGAGUAACGGGCGGAGGUAUGCAGUCUCUGAGUGCCCUCUAGUUAUAUGAGUUAUUAUAUAUUAGAGUGAAAUUUAAGUGCUGAACGAUAGACACAAUUCAAACCAAACGUUUCAAACAUAUAUAAUAUGCAUCAAAAAGUAAAACAAUAGCUACAACAACUGAAUUAUUUCGCUUUAAAAUCGUAAUUAUUCAAUGAAAUUGUCAUUGCAAUGUUACAAAGCUCAAAAACUUGAAAACAAUUACUGUAUUUUGAGUAAAAUUUAAACGUAAACAAUAUAUGAAUUACCGUCACGUUACCGUGUUCGAACGGACAUCUAAAAAAACUGAUUGUUGUUUUCUUGUACGCCAGUGGCGCGGCGGGAAAAGUAAAUACGAAAUUUUUCACUAGUGACAAAUUCCGUACGUGCAAUGAGAAGGCUAAUACGGCGUUCUUCACUAGUGGCGAAUGUCGUAUGUCCAAUGAGAUCCUCAGAAAUUUUAGGCAUAUGGUUUUUAUUCGACAACUUUAUCGCGUAUAAAAUUCAAUACUCAUAUAAUAAAAAUCAAAUAUUCAAAUGUGAAAGAAAUUCCAUUUUCUUUCACACAAUCACAGUAUCAAGAGGAUCUGCAUGGGAUGCAUAUUGUAUAUAAUUAUUAAAUUAUAUUUAUUCAAUCACAACAUACUGUAAAUUGUGUAACCGAGAAACUAGAAUGCACUUUCGUGACAGUACGCUGCUAGCCAGCGCUGGGUUCGGUGUGCUUGGUCGCCCAGCACCCCCUCCCCCAAAAAGCCAUGCUGGAUGGUGGGAGGGGAGGUGUGGGGAGGUACCGGUACGCACCUCCCCCGGGAAUUGUUUUGCACCUCCCCUUGGGGGAGUUUCAAUGAUAGAUCAUAGUGAAAAUUUGACAUUUUUUGGUUGCUUUGGGUCUACAUUUCGUAAGAAUGUUUUUCUGUAAAACUGAAACAGUGAUAGCCAUUCAUCUGUGUAUCAAGUACCCUUUUAAUGCAAUGUAUUGUAAUGUUUGUAAUGUUUUGUAGUAAUUGUAAUGAAGGGCAAAAUUGGAUGAGUUGGACACAGUCAGUCAUAAUUCAUUAAUACACUGGAUACAUAUGUAUAGACAACAUGAAUAUGUCACGUCGUUGACUUUGGUCCGUUCUAAGCCCUAACUUUUCAUGGGGGUCGCGAGCUAAACCACUGCACCUCCCCUAAAUUUUUUUCUACCUCCCCCACUAUUUCCACCAAAAUCCGGCCUUUACACAUUUACCGUUAACUUGUUUAAAGUUACAUCUGCAGGUUUUAAUAAGUAAAAUACUGUGAAGGAUAGGAUAUAACCCAACUGCAAGCUGGAAAAUAGGAGGGGGAUUAUUGUACAGUCAAACUGUUUAGCGACCACAUUAAUUUAAGAUAAUAAGUACUAGUUAAAACAUGAGCAGCCGAUCUUUAUCUGAUAUACAAACUCGAGCCGAAGGCGAGAGUUUGUACAUUAGAUAAAGAUCGGAUGCGAAUGUAUAAAAAUUAUCCAAAUAUCAAGUAUUUAUUGACCUCAUCUUGGAUGUACUAUUUAAAAAACUCGCAGGAGUGUUUUAUUAGGUUUAAAGCCACGAGCGCGCAGCGCGAGUGGCUUUAGACCUAAUAAAACACGACCUGCGAGUUUUUUAAAUGGCUUCAAAAACGUUUGCAUAAUAAGUCAAAUAUUUAUAUAAAAGUCUUUAUAUACAUGUAAAAAUCUUUAUAUAAAAAUCUUUAUAUAAAAUUCUUUAUAUAAAAAUCUUUAUAUAAAUUAAAAUCUUUAUAUAGUUUGCAUAACAAUUGUCUUUUGUCAAAGUGUUCUUUAGCUGGUAUAAAGACGUAUGCACGUGACUAAUUUCUUACUCAAGAUUGGAUAAUUGCUUCAUGAAUUAUUAAUGAGUUUUUGAAUGCUAAUUAAAAAUCUGCUAGAUUUUAGCAGAUCACGUGACCAGCGUCUACCAGGGUCUUUUCUGCCUUCGCCAAGAGGAAAAAGACCCAGGGUACGAGGUUGGCCGGUGCUCGGAAAAUCCAAAUAAACGUUAAACUAUUAAUAUUUUUAUGUGCAUGGUUUUAACUGCAGCAAAGCUCUGACGAUUAUUGUGCAUUCAUGAAAGCAUUGGUGGGUGUUAUUGGAGCAUGAAAUUUAAUGCAUGAAAAUUAAGCCAAACAAUAAGGGGGACAGAAUAUAUUAGCAACCAAAAUUUGCACCUCCAGUAUUUGUAAAUGACAGGCCACUGAGUAAAUAGUAAAUUCUACCGCGAACAACUUGGCCACACUAUUUCGAAGAAAGUUUUAAUUGUUUCUUUAGCCGCACAUCGGAAGAUGAUGCCAGAACUAUAUUUCAAGCAGCCAGGAGCAAUGUGAAACACUGUUCUCUAAUUUAUGUUGCCUGGGCCCAAUUUGAACUACUUAACAGUAAGUGAAAUGCUAUAUGAUAUAAAAUAAUUCUUACCUAAAAAUGUUAUGCUAAAUAUGCCAUGCUACAUUCGUAUUCAUAUAGCUAGUAGUCUAAUUGGAUAGGUUUAGAUUUGACUUCCACUACCGCUGCCAUUAACCAGUCAGAUACAUUUAAUCUAUCCGAUUAAACAACCAAAUGUGUACUGAGCAAGGAGAGGUGGUGACAUUAUGGAAGUCAAGUUUGUACCUCUCUAGGCGUAAAAAAAAUAACCUGUGGUUCCGGUUUCAUAUCGUGAAAAAAUUAGGGUCGGUAGGUCGGAAAUUAAUUUUUUUUUUGAAUAUUUUUUUCAUGGUUUUGGCGGUUUUUUGCUGGGCGAUUUGCAGUAGAGUCCCGACAUCAAUGUUAACUAGAAAUGCGUAUUUCCUAUGGACGAAUUUAGGCAUUUUGGUUCAAUAAUUAGUGUGACAACAGACGCCAUUUUGGCAAGCUGUAUGAGCAGCCCGCAACCACCUGGAGAAAAUAGGGUCGCACGGUCAAUCACGUUGAAAAAUUAAUAGGGUCGGCAGAAAAAAAUAGGGUCGGUCGGGAACCGGAACCACAGGUAUUUUUUUUUACGCCCUAUUACCCUGAAACAGAUGCGUUUUCUGCCCUUAAUGAAAUAAAUAUAGUGUCAUAUUCAACCCAGAAUUCCGAGAUCUAUAUCGCAGCUUUUUAUUGAUUUCAAGAAAAAAUCGCUAUCCGGCCUUCGUACAACACUAUUUUCAUUUGUGUUUUAUGCAGCAUGAAUGAUUAAAGUCCUACGCAAGAAUUUUUUAUGAUUGAAUUGCAAAGUUCAUUUAAAAUCAUAAUGUAACUUAUUUUCUAAAACUAUGUCAAGAUUUUCGACUUUGUUUGAUAUGACUUUUGUUUGAUAUGACGUCACACUGCAUAAUGAGUUUUUAGAAAGACAAUGUUUCCUGGCCAAACAUGUGAUAAUUCCACUGACAUUGAAAGUUAUAUUUCUUAUAUACAGAACUGUCAUAAAGCUAUCAUUUUGUAUGCAAAUUUGAGUGACAAUUUUAUCAAGCUAAAAAACAGUCUUCUGUAAAAUACAUUAUGCAGUGUGACGUCAUUUAAGUCAUAUUUGCAUGCCAAACAAUGUUCAAUAUCUUAAUAUACAGGAAAGAUAAAAAAGUUUUAGAAAAAAAGUUACUUUAUGAUUUCAAAUGAACUUUGCAAUUCAAUCAUAAAAAAUUCUUGCAAUUCACUUUAAUGCCAAUAUUAGAAAUUAACUUUCAGCCGAAAGUUGGCCGGCCGUCUAUUAAUGUUCUGCAUUUUUUGUUUGGCAGAUAAUCGAAAGAAAUGUAUAAAGUUAUUGGAGAAGGGCAAACAGUUUUGUGCCAAGCCUGGAUAUCUCCUGGACAUAGCAUUGGAGAACUUUAAGAGCGGAAAUGACCAAUUGAUUGACGAUGAAACUGAAGAGUAUACAUUCACUGAACUCAUCAACACGAAUGUGUGUAAAACAGAGGAUUUGACUGAUCGUCUUGUUAAAACCAAACAACGGACGUCUGACUCGUCAAGUGAGAGUACCUCUUCAUCUAUUGGAGCGUUUUCUCCAGACAGCGCGCAUCUAACUGAAUCUUCUGAGGAAAGUGAUGAUGUCAUUUUCCUGAAAAAUGUAAAACCUUUAAGGUCAACAAAUCUGUCUUCCAUAGAUGAAGGCCAACCUGCCUGUAUAUCACCGAAAGAGGAUGUUGAACAAAAUAUUACAUCGGUUAGCACAACUACAUCUUAUGGUAAGGUUUGAUAUAUACAGUACAGACUGAUCUUGAAGGAUAUAGGAAAAAUGUAGCAAGAAAUACUACCAGAAAAAUAUAACAAGAAGUACUUCGGCGUUUCCAGCGAUCCCAUGAACGUAUCUGCACACUUGUACCCCAAACAUUCGAUAUACUAAUAGGUGGAAAUAUGUUGUUGCAAGGUAGCAACAAUCGACUGCACUCGCAAUAUUUAUUACAGCAAAAUCUUACAUUACAUUAUUAUUCAGCUCACUCUCCAUUGAGACUAUUCAGUGACCGAUUACAUCAAGUAUUACGCUUACAUGUACUUAUGUUACUUACUUACACGCGUAAAAACGCUCAGGUUGAUGCAAUACUGGUGAAAACAGGAUUGAACAAUGUUUUAAUUGCUGCCCACAUUGUUCAUAGCUGUCAACAAAAUUGAACAAUACUGUUACACCCGAUUCAGGCUCAACAACAUUGUUCAAUAUUGUUGACAAGUGUGAACAACGUGGGCAGCAAAGUAUUGUUCAGUCCUGUUGAGCAACGGACUCGGCGUUUUUUGCCGUGUAGCCUACACGGCUAAAAACGCACAGGUUGUUCCAAGUUGAUAUCGACAGGCGUGAACAAUGUGCGGCCAACUAUGAACAAGUUGUCAAACAUGUUGUUCCAAGUUGUUACAGUUGUAACAAUGCUGUAACAACAUGUUGACAAUACAGUUCAUAGUGGGCCGCACAACCUUGUUCACGCCUGUUGAUUUUACGAAAGCCACCGAACUGUGGAAUCGCAUCAAAAAUUCGUAUACCGGCCGCUCCCACAAACGUCUACGACCGCACCUACAUAGUUGUGUAUAUUUACAAUUCUAAUUUUGUACAGCCAAUCAGGUUCUUGGUAACAAUUACAAUUAAACGUCGAUUGGCUGUUUAAAAUUAGAAUUGUAAACAUGCAAAAAUAUGUAGGCGCGGCCGUAGACGUUUGUGGGAGUGGUCGAUAUACCAAUUUUUGAUGCGAUUCCACAGUUCGGUGACUUUCGUAAUAUCAACCUGGAACAUGUUGUCGAUUUUCUCAAUUUUUACGCGUGUAGACUACAGUACUUAUCUUUACAAUAAUUGUGAUUAAGCCGCUUGCCCUGACGACUGCACCACCGACGCCCCUAUUAUAUAUACAGUAUACUUGUAACUUUGACACUCUAAUGUCUUUUUAAAGGUAGAAAAAUAGGCCAGCCAAAUGCAACGACCUUCCAUAGUUCAUUCUUGAAUGAUAUUUUAAAAGAAAAACAGUUAAACUUAGCAACACUUUCCAAGCCGGCGGUAUCGAUUGAAGAAAAUGUUACCUGUGGAAAUAACCAUACAACAAUUAAACCUUCUUCCAAUGAAAUAACACCGCAACAGCUUACAACGCAAUGUUCCACUGAGGUGGAAUUUAAAGUUCCAAAUUUAAAGUGCUCAAAUGCAAAAAAUAUUUUCGAUACUACACCAUCUGAACCCAGAAAAGAGAACUUCGAGGAACCUGCUUUUCCUGUGUUCCGAAGCACAAGAAGUAAAGGUCAUUCAGCAAGCAGUAGUGAAAGUGGUGAUGAUAUUGAUGCACUUUCUUCUUUAAAGAAAUCAUUGUUAAAUAUUGGAAAUAAGACUGGUUUAAUGGAUUUUGCAACUCCGCGAAAUAAAAGUUCAGACCAGAUUCUGGCAACAACGACAGACAGUAAGUGUUUCAUAUUCAUUACAUUCAAUAACCCUUCCGAAAAGUACUCUUCCUUGGCUGUGGAGCCUCGUUUUCGUGAUCGAACUAUAGACCCAUUGCACUCACGUCACAAAUCCUUAGAGUGUCCUCCAGAUGCUCCCUAACAAUAUCUAUUCCGGUACAACAACCGCAUACAGCGCAAAAAUUGACCAUUUUAACACAAAGUUAUUAUAAAGUUUUACAAAAUUUGCUUUGUUUACAAAAGUUAAAUUAUGCAUAGAUUGCUAAUUUGUCCUCCAGAUGCAUCAUCACCGGCGCUGUGACGUCAUGUGCAAUGGGUCUAUUGACUUCAACAUUAUUGUUAUUAUUAUAAUAAUAUCCAUAUAAUAGGACGCGAAUUUGUGGUUGUAGUCAACUGGUACAGUGUUGGUUACAGCGCUUCACCGGAAUCGCAGGGCCACAGGUUCAGGCUUUUCCAUAACUAUAUACCCGUCUUUUCCAUAAUUAUCCGUAUUUUCCAUUAAUGCCCCCAUUAUGCCCGUCUUUUUUUACACAACCGCCACUGUUUUCCAUUACUACUCAUGUCGUGUGUCCGUCCCGCGUUUUCCAAUACGCAGGACCCCGUAAAAAACGGCUUUCUGAAAUUCUUAUUUUUCAAAAAUGCCCGUCCAUAGAUUGGACAUUUGAAUUGUCUCCCUGCAAAAUGCCAAUCUCAAUAUCAGAUAAAAAUAUAUUUCUUCCCCAAAUGUCUAUUUCUCUAUGUUUAUCGACUACUGUUAGAGCUGUGCAAACUUCAAAACUCCUGCUUCAAAACGGCAAGCAAAUUUUAAGGAAAUUUUCAUAUUUAAAUGUAGAAGCAGGCGAAAGUAUUUCAGUGUAUGUAAUUUCAGAAUUUAUUUUAUUACUUUUUGAGCUUUCUCCUUUACUUAUCAAAUAUACAUGUACAUGCUUCGGUGCUUGUUUAAACAAUGUUUUGUAGCAAGUAAAACCGCAUGGCAGCGUGGUAUUUUCGCCCAGAUUACAUCGGGGUCAGCGGAUUUUUGUAUCAAAAGCGAUAGCAAUAAACUUUAUAGCAGCUUCAAAUCAUUCCACUUAAUUUUUCCAUUACCAAAAGUUCAUUGAAAUAUGAAAUAAUUAUUCAUAAUUUUGUCUGCCGGAGUUUUCCGGCUACGGCAAAAUAAGCCGGAGCUUCGUUACUCCGGCGCACAGCUCUAACUAUUGUCGACCUUACACAUCAGAAAAAUCACCAUUGGUAUUUUAGCUGUCCCACUGUGCAUGUAAUCACUUUGGACCCAAAAGACUGGAAUUGUUGCGCUUAUCCGGGCUUUCGUCCGACAUUUAUUACCAUGCAUGUGUGUUAUUGAAAAUGUUCUAAGGUAAAUUGCCCAUGUACUACUUACUACAAGUAAUAUCCAACUUUUCGCUGACUUAAAAUAAGAUUGAAAGCACAAAUACUGCUGAAAUACAGUCCUGAAUUUGGGGGAUAUUCUUUGGCAGGGUCAUAUAACCGUCAUAACGAUUUAAAUCGUACAAUUUAAAUUUUUAAAAAUUAGAUAACAUUGUCGGUGGUUCUUUGGUAAAGGAACGAAAAUCCAAUAGAAGAACAAACCGUUCAGUUUUUGUUGGAUUGCCGAAAAGAGUUCCCAAACCGAUGAAGGAUGAAUCUAGAGCUAGAAAGGGAGAGCAAGAACGUACAAAUGGCACAAAUACUGGAAUGAUUGAAUCCCUCAUUCAGACAAAAGAAAAUGAUUCUAUUGAUGGCGUUUAUGCUUUCCCUCAAGGUAACAAAACCAGCGAUGCUAAAACUACACAUUGAAACGAGGUUCAGAACAUCUUUUCUCGACUGUGUUUCUAACUUAAAACUUGAUUCGAGUAAUUCUUGUGUCAAAAAUGUCGACAGAACUACCUGCUUCAAACAAGUAGGACCUUGGCAAUAUAAUAAAGAAAAUGUUUUCAGACUUGAAUGUAAUUCAAAUGUUCCUUCACGUCUUACUAAACUGUCAGAUGAAAGUAAAUACUUAUAUGCAAAUACUUAUGGGUCGGUCAUUCAAAGCUGGAUUAGCGCUAACCCUGGGUUAACAUUUAACCUGCGGUUUUGGUUUGGGUACAUCUGCACUUCUCUUUAUUUCAAAAUAUUGGAAAAUAGAACUUCUAUUGAUUCAGACAAGAAUUGUGGUAAAAUAUUUCCAUGUUUUUAUAUACAACUGUUUGGAAGUUUGCUUUGAAAUUUUCGUUAACCUUGGAUUAACCUGCUUUCGAACAACCCGUCCCAAUAAUGUUAAGUUAGAUUAUUGUGCCUCAAAGAAAAUUGUUAAUCAGUAGAAGUCUUGAAAGUCCUGGUAUUAAUUUCCUUAACCCUCCGGGCCAACCGUAGUGAUUUUGAUUAAAAUUACUGAAUAAAGUGAAUUAUUUACGGCAAAUCCGUGCCAUUUUCAUAGAUGUUUGAAAUUUCUGAAGUCUUUGAAUUUACUAAAAAAGGGCCUUGAGAGUCCUGGAAAAGUCCUUGAAUUUCACCUUCAACAAAGGGUGGACACCCUGCACUAAAUUAUCUGUAUGGGUUUGAUCAUAAUCGUCACACUCUUUCUCAUAAUCUUUCAGAUCCUCCAGUUGACCGACAUAUUGAAGCUAAUUUGAAGCAUAAUGGUAACGCAUCAACCCAAAUUUACAGUUCUCAGGUUGGAUCUGACUUACGACAACGAAUGCCUUUAGCGAGCAUUGCUCUGAAUGCAAACAAAAACAUUCCAACAAAUUUAGAGUCUCCCCAGUAUAAGCUGCAGAAUGCUGUUCGACACGGUGCUAAUCUAGCUCAGGCUGUUCCUGAGGUUUGCCCGAAGAAGAAUAUUGAUUCCGUUGCAUAUACAUCUAAUUGGAAAAGGUUAGAAAAUGAUCUCUCUCAUAGUGAUAUCCCCAAGUUUAAUCCAUUUUGCCACUCGACACCAGCAACAGAAAAGGCUAAUGCAAUACCAACACGAAUUUCUACACAAAGUGCUCCUCAGGAAACGAAUUUCACGAUAUAUCCACUUUCCAAACCUCAAUUACAGAAACAGAAUGAGACCGCAAGUGGUGUUUAUGUUUCUACUGGUGAAGAGUCGUGCAAAGAUUCAGGUCCAAAUUUCCAAUCUGUUCAAUCCAACCAAACUUUGAGCAGCAACAAUAGCUCACACCUUGCUAUCUGUACACCAAAUAACAUUGUAAACCACCCCGAGGAUUCUGCUGAAGUAAAAACUUCCAGUACUUCAGUUAGCAAUGAUAGCAGGUUGAAAUCUGUCUCUUUGACACUACCCAAUAGUAGCAUUUCUAUGAAUUCACGUUGUGCAAAUUCAGGACAUUCACAAUUGAACAAUUCAAUAUCAGGAUUUCAAUCUGAUAUGAAAGAUGUUUCACGGAUGUCUGGAGAAAAUCAUAGUACAAUCCAAAGUAUUACAGUCAAUGGCAAAGUGUACCGCAAAUUAAACAUUAUUGGAAGAGGAGGAUCCAGUGAGGUAAGAGAGGGACUAUGUUUAUCACUCUACUUUCUUUACUGAGUGAUCCUUAUAAAGGGUAUUGUCUAAUAGAUUUAAGUGUGUUUAAGACCUGUUUUAUACGUCGAAUUUUGGUCGCGUCGAAUGCAGUUAAGACAAUAGAUAAUGAGAUGAUAAACCCAUUUGACCCAACCGAAAUUCGACGUAUAAAACAGGCCUAAAAUUAAAAUCGAUUUUCUACUAGCGAUUUUUUUCGCGCGAAGCGACCUUUUUCCUUUGUCGGCAACCAUUUUGCCACGUCUUGCUGACGUAAUAAGUGAUACUGACAAAGGAAAAAGGUCGCUUCGCGCGAGAAAAUUCGCUAGUGGAAAACCGGCUUAAAAGUAAUUUUACAAUUUGUUUUGAAAGUGUAAGAUAGUGGCUGGCCGGUCAGCCACUGAGUGAUCUUACGCUAAACAAGGAUGUAAAUUGUAAAGAUGAUGACAUCGGGUCGAGCACUUUGACGAUUCGUAGUUGGCCUACUUGAUUUUCGGAAACUUUCGUUCAUGCAUUAGGCUGCCAUUUAUAUAAAAAUCUCAGCGAAGGGCGAAUUUAGUGAAAAACCCGACGAUUUGGCAGAAAUGCUCGAAGGAAUUUUUCGGAAAGUGGACUGCUUAAAUGUUUACGGUCGGAAACGUUGGCGUCAAACAAUACAUGCAUUCCUGCCAUUAUUUAUCAUUGUUUACCAGAAAUUUCUUUUUAUGAUUUGAUGUCGAAGCUAUUUCCGAUUUUUUGUUGAGUAAAAUUUGUUUGUUUUUUUCUUCAAAAUACAGAGUUUAUUUAUAUAGCAUUACGUUUCGUUUUCGUGGUUCUUGUAUAAGCGAAUUUGUGUGAAUUACAGGUAUACUACGAAAACCAAUAUUUUUUAAUCUUGUUUAGGUAUACACAGUAUUUGAUUCCGACUACGCUCAGUACGCCCUGAAAUAUGUGGACAUAAAACAUGCUGAUGCUUCCGCAGUCGAAAGUUACGUCAAUGAAAUUACCUUACUGAAGAGAUUGCAGGGGCACGAAAGUAUUAUUAAAUUAUGUGAUUGG